AGAGAUGUUGGGAGGGACUGCAGUGCGAAAUCUGCAGCAGAGUGAGAGCGGAAGCUGCUUAUGAAUGAGUGUCAGUCUUUCAGCUUUGCUAUAUGCUCCUGAGGACAUUUUACAUGAAUGGUGUCUGGCUGUGUUCUUUCCGCUACCGGGGAGACAAAGAUGCUUCAUUGGUGCUGCUGGGCUUUUUCUUUUAUCCUUUCGGCUGUUUCAUUCACUCAUCUGCCUGAGAAACAUGUCGUUCAUUCUGUGUCUUUUCCAGUUGUAUCAUUCAUGUAGGUCGACCAGGACCAGUUACUGGGUAUUUUAGACAAGCUGUGAAUCUGUAUCUAGCUUCCUUGUAGUGGAACUGAAUUUUUUGUUCCUUUGUUGCAGAAUGCUGAUAGAGAAUUAGUGUUACACAUUAGACAGUCACAAUCAAAACGUUUUUAUGUAAAAAGCAAAGAUAGCUUUAUUCCUUUUUGCAUUAAUGGCUGAUUUAUAAAUAUUUUAGGCAGGAAUAAGUGUACAGUCUAGUCACAGAUUUUUGAAAGUACAAACCUGAGAACCAGGAGUGAUGUCUACCUAUAUUCUGCAGCUAUUAUAGAUUAACAUGGACAGUAUAUUAAUGAUGUUACUAAUUCCCAGUUAUGCUAAAAUUGUACAGUUUUGUUUCUUUCAAUGAUUUGAUAUGAUUUGGAAAAUUACAUUUUUAUGAUACAUUUAAAUAGUGAUUUUAUUCUUGAAUCAGAGAAGUCUGCAUUUUUUUGUUAGAGAAGAUUUGGCUGGCACUGUGAUUGUAGCUGUCAUCUAAGUGGAUGCUGAUGAUACUUAUUUCACUUAAUUUAUUAUCAAUUCUGCGAUUAAUUAAUUGUAUCUGUCAUCCUUCCAUCACAACUUCUAACAGUUCAUCCAUCCCGACAUUAAUUGUUUAAAAGAUCAAUUCAUGCAAACUAUUAUGAGUAAUUAUUUUACUAAGUUAAAUAAUCAAGCUACCUCUCAUUCUUCAUUUCCUUUUCUCAGAAAAACAAAUAAGAGGGAAAGAAUUACAGCAAAUUAAUAUCAGACUAGGGAAUUUAAAAAUUGAUUGGUUCCAGUGUGCUGUAAGUGGGAGGUUUUUUUUCUCUCCCUCCAACAGGAAGUGAUUUGCAGUGUUCAGCAAGCCUUUUGUUGAGAAGGUUUUCUCAGAUCAGUGAGUCAUGCUUCAGCUCUGAGCCGGCAGGCAGGCAGGCAGGCAGGCAGGCAGGCAGGCAGGCAGGCAGGCAGGCAGGCAGCAGUCAGUAGAGAGUAUUUGCUCUUCCCUCGCUGUAUCUGUGAUCAUCGACAACAUAGACCUUUCUCUGCUCUCUUACUUUUUGGAAUUUUGAGACUAGAAAUCAGCAGCAGUGGCAGCAUCACCACUGGAAACCAAACAAGCUGCACCACAACACUGGCAGCCUUUUGGAGACCUUUUUUCUCUCCAUCCCUUCUUCCUCUGCUUCAGUGUUGUGUUUUCAUGGAUUGUGUCUUUAUGUUUCUCUCUUACGGACUGGAUUGCAGCUCUGGAUUUUACUGAGAGCAGAUUGGACUUUGGCGACAGCAGCAGCAGCAGCAGCAGCCCAACACAACCACCACUGUAACCUCAGUAGAGAAAAUUACAGUCAGGUGGCCUGUGAUUGCUAAAAGGCGUUUGCUGCCUGUACUGCUGCUGCUAUGUUACAGGAGAGGGUAAUCAGCACGGCUCAGCCACGUCUGCCAGCACACUUGUGAAAGAGGCAGGCUGUGCGUGUCGGUUGGUGGAGAGAGGGGAGAGAGCAAGAGAGAGAAGGGUAUGCUUCACCGUACCAAAUACAACCGCUUCAGGAAUGAGUCAGUAACGUCCGUCGAUGAGCUUCUCCACGGCCUGUCCAUGAACCCCAAGGUCUCGGCCACCCCCCAGUCUGCAGCCGAGACAUCUUACACACCCCCGACUGAGGUCCAGCCCUCCUCGACCACCACUGCUUCCAGCACCCCCACCAGCCACGGCUCUGACCACCUGGAAGAUGGAGGCACCACCCUCUGUACCCUUAUCAACAAGGUGUCCAGCCUGAAAUUCAGCAACUCAGGCAGCUUGCUGGGCAUCAAGGGUCUGCCCUCAGCUGUCAAGGACCUGGCUGUGUCUAAGCUGCAGGGGGGUGGGGGAUCGGGCUCAGGCAGCUCUAGUGGCCCGAGCCCCAGCGCGGCGACAGCAGCAGCAGCGGCGGCGGCAGCAGCCUCUGGUGUGGGCGGCUCUCUGUGCAGCUCGGCCUCCCAUUCAACCCCCUGCUCACAGCUGGAGCCAGCUGUGAGCAUGAGCAAGAAGAGCAGGCUGGAUGAACUCCAGCCCAGUGGAGAGGACUGGAAUGGAGGUGGAGGUGGUGGACUGCUGAGCAAACCCUCCAGAGGAUGGCUACAUUCGAGUGAGAAGAUCUCUGGUCCAGGAGUGACAUACAUUGUGAAGUAUCUGGGCUGUAUAGAAGUCCUUCGGUCGAUGAGAUCCCUGGAUUUCACCACAAGGUCACAAAUAACAAGGGAAGCCAUCAGCCUGGUGUGUGAGGCUGUUCCAGGGACCAAAGGAGCUCUGCGGAAGAGAAAGCCACCGUCCAAAGCGCUGUCUAGUAUCCUGGGAAAGAGCAACCUGCAGUUCGCUGGCAUGUCCAUCAACCUAAAUAUCUCCACCAGUAGCCUCAACCUGAUGACCCCUGACUGCAAACAGAUCAUAGCCAACCAUCACAUGCAGUCCAUCUCCUUUGCAUCAGGUGGAGACCCUGACACGACAGAUUAUGUUGCCUAUGUAGCAAAGGACCCUGUUAACAGAAGAGCAUGUCACAUCCUGGAAUGCUCUGAUGGUCUGGCCCAGGACGUCAUCAGUACCAUCGGCCAGGCUUUUGACCUUCGCUUCCAGCAGUACCUGCAAUGUCCAUCAAGCAAGCUGUCCUCCACACAUGACAGGGUAUUAAACAUGGAGGAGUUACCAUGGACAGAGGAAGAGGAGGAGUCAGCAGAACAUCCUUACUAUAACAACAUCCCUGGCAAAAUGCCACCCCCUGGAGGCUUCAUCGACACUCGGCUGACCAAUCAGAAUGCAGGACCUGAUGGGUGCCAGAUGGGCCCAGGUUCAGUAGAUCAGACAUAUUACCAAGGGCGGCACUGUGGAGAAAACUGGGGAGAUGAAAGAAAGCCCAUAUUUAUACAACAGGGUUCAUUUGAUAUAAGCAGUCUGCCUGAGAGUAAAGGUCAGGCGCCAAAAACAGCAGAGAUGCCCACGUAUGUGAACACCCAGCAGAUUGAUGCCCAGGUGCUCGCAGCACUUCAGGCAGAAGCAGAGAAUGUGACAAAAGGCAUGGCAGCUGCAGCCAAAGAGAGCCCGCAGAAGGACCUGUUUGACAUGAAGCCCUUCGAGGAUGCUAUUCAGUCUCAGUCCCAUCCGCCGUCCCAGAGCCAAGCCCAGUCCCAGAUGUCCAGUCUUCACAAGGCAGCAUCCGUGGACAGCUCAAGCCCUCUUCUUGUGCGCUCACUGGCCUUCCGGGCACAGGAGGAGCUGGAGGGCCAGACAUGGUACCAUGGCAAAAUGAGCCGCCGUGAUGCUGAAAAGUUACUGAAAGAAGACGGGGACUUCCUAGUCCGCAAGAGCACUACCAACCCAGGGUCCUACGUACUAACGGGCAUGCACAAUGGACUUGCCAAACACCUACUGCUGGUGGACCCCGAGGGCACGGUACGGACAAAAGAUCACGUGUUUGACAGCAUUAGCCACCUUAUUGGCCAUCACCGUGACAACAAUCUGCCGAUUGUGUCAGCCGGGAGUGAACUGUGUCUCCUACAGCCCGUUGGAAGGAAACAGUGAUGCUUGUAAUGCCUGAUGGGAAAUCGGAAGCUCUGAACAGUCUCUCCUACCAUCCUGAAACUUGAAGACGAAACACGAAGAGAAGAUGCUUAAAGGCUCUGUGCGCUGACAGUGUUUUAUGGAAAAUUGGCCCACAGUUACUUUUCUGGAGGCACUGGAAGACACAAGAUUUGUUUAAGAUAAAAAAAAAAGAAUAUUUAUAGAACUGUUAUUAUUUUGUUGUGAUGACUGAAAUGCUAUAUUUUUGAGAAGACAUAGGUGCAUUUGGACAUACUAUCUUGAUUUGGUGUUUUAAAAGACUAAAAAAAAAAGACAGAUGUUCUUGUAGUUUAGAUGAAGUGCAAAUCAAACCUCAAAGAGGUGUUAACAAGAGUAUUUUAGAAUAAAAACCUGAAAUUUUAGUUUUGUCUGUCAAGCACAACCACAUUUCUACAGGAACUGUUGGCUAAGAGGUCGGAAACAAAAACAGUUUGGACGACAAAUGCUGUUUAUAAUGAAUUACUUUAGGAAAAAAUGUCCUUUAAUCUCACCAAUAGCGUGACAGCUCACUCAAUUAGUCACUAUAUGAAAUCUGCUUUUAUUGGGGAUUAGAACUGAAUGUGUUUUGCUUUGCAGUAGUCACAAAGUGUUGGGGUGCAAACAGACAUCCUUCAUAGUGCUGUCAAUGGCUUUAAAGAUAACCUUUUUUUAUAAAGUAUUUUCUUGUGUCACAGUCGCAUGACUUAAAAUCAACUGUUCUUGUGGACAUUGUUCGUAGACCUUGAUACCCCUUUAUUUGAAAGAGGUGCUUGUGUAUGCUGACACUGUAAAAUAUUUAUGCUUUUCAACCAGGGAUUGUUUCUGAAUUGGUUCUCUCUGGAUUCUUUUAGGUGUGUAGUCAAUGAUUAGUUUUGGGGCUUGAGUCAUGCAAUGGAUAUUCUCACAUUCUUAAUUAACAUUUUCGGCUUUUUGUGAACUUUUAAAAGAUAUUAUCAUUAUUAUUAUUAUUAUUAUUUUUUGAAUGAUCACAAAUGAAUAGCACAAUCAGAAAGUUAGAUCAGUUAGAUCAUCUGUGUCAGUUGUACCAAGAUGAAUUACCAAUGUGUUGAGAUGUAAUUUACACUUUAUACUUACAAGGCUUGAUUAGACCAGUGUUGAGUACACACAUUGUGCACCCAAUACAGAAUGUUCAAUAUUAGAUCACCUUCACUUGUUGAUGUUAAACAAAGAGAUUUUAUCUCUCAAUGUGGCGAUGUCUUAUGGCAAGAUUGCUUUAUUGCCACUAGAUGUCAUCACAGAAAUACUUGUUUACCCCAGUCAGUCACACUCACUUCACUUCCCUUAUUUUAUCACUUACUAGUAGUGAAGGAUGCUAUCUGACUGUGUGUUGCUUAAAGUACUACAGUACAUGGGAAAAUCCAACUCUUAAGAGUUUUCACCCAUUAUUGCUUGACAGUUAAUAGUUCAUUUGCAUUUUGCAGUCCACUGUACACAAUCGUUCCUCAGAACAGUUUGUGGUAUUUAGGUUAUACAGACUGUUUUUGUAGAGUGGGGAAUCAAAUUUUGAAAAGGCUUAUAGAAAUAGUACACAGCAGUUCUGGCAACAGACUUUUUAAAUGCUCUCAUCCUUACUAUUGUCAGUACUCUGAUGGAUACCAAAUGAAUGGGGCAUUGUAUUUGAUAUGCACUGGACCACUUCAGUUGAACCAAAAUCAGCAUGUGUUCAAUGAGUUUGACAAGACAGAUGCAAUGUAAUAUAAUGUGCCUGUAUUUUGCUGCAAGAGGGAGUGUACAGUACAUGCAUCUCACAACAACACAUAUUUAGCAAAGAGCAGUAUUGGGAUUGUUAUGGAAAAAAAAAAUCCACCGGAUCCAUUUUGGGUUAAAGCCGAUUAAGACUUUCCUUGAUUCCUUGUGUCCCAUGACCCAGUUUGCUUCUCAGGAUUCUUUUGAGGAGAGUGCAUGAGAGAAAGAGCCAAAUAUAUUGGUAUUUUUGAGGGAAAGGUGAGAAGAAAGGACACAAAGAAUCACUGAGUUUUAUGUGUUGUUUGUUUUGGGUUUUUCUGACAAUUAUCCGACAUCAACUUUUAAUUUGUUCGAUUCUUUGUGACAUAAUUUCAUCAAAUCUAAUAUCUUGGGAGAUGGAAUAAUACGCAAAAUUAAAAAAAAAAAAAAA